GGACGCUUCCAUUAUCCAGCAGUGAGCAGUCAUAAAACCUUCUGUUUUAUUUAGUGCAGUGCUAUUGUGUACACAACAAUGUCAUCGAAGUUGUCGAUAAUAUUACUUGAAUUGUUUUUACUUUGCUACACAGCAGAUGCUGCUACGUAUUUUGCCGAUGGUAGAGAUUGCAAAAGAAAUUGUGAGUGGCCAUAUGAGCCGGCGAUCUGUCGUUUCAACUUUACUGUGGAAUUGUAUUACUCGAUGUCAAAAGCAUGUUACGAUUGUCCAUUCAACAUGACGGACUGCGAUUCACAAGAUUGCGUACCACUUAACGGUGUUGGAAGAGCAAUUUUAACUGUUAAUAGGCAGUUCCCUGGUCCCAAGAUUGAGGUGUGUGAAGGAGACAGUAUUGAGGUUGCAGUCACCAACCACUUAAGUAAUGCUGAGGGAACAUCUAUCCACUGGCACGGCGUUCAUGUACGAAAUCGGCAAUAUAUGGACGGAGUUUCAAUGCUAACUCAGUGCCCCAUUCCAUCUUACGCGUCCUUCCUAUAUUCCCUUGAAGUUCACCCAGUUGGCACACACUGGUGGCAUGGACAUUCUGGAAUGCAUCGAUCUGAUGGAAUAUUUGGCGCCCUAAUUGUACGACAAGCUCCAUCACGUGACGCAAAUUACCUUCUGUACGACUACGAUCUUUCAGAACACAUAAUGUUGGUUCACGAUUGGCUCGAUCAAAUUACUGUUGUUAAAUUUUCUGCCCAUCACCACGAUGAUGGAAGCAAUAAGCCAGAGUCAGUGCUUAUUAAUGGAAAAGGGAAGAGACAAGAACAAACAAAUGAUCAAGGCCAAACCAAAUUCACACCAAGGGAAACUUUUCGCGUUAAGAAAGGCUUUCGGUAUCGUUUUCGAUCGAUCAGUAACGCGAUUACCAAUUGCCCCCUCAAGAUUUCAAUAGAUAAUCAUACAAUGCUGAUAAUCUCGUCUGAUGGAGCGCCGACCGAGCCAGUUAAAGUUGAUGCAUUUGUUAUAUAUGGAGGGGAACGGUUUGACUUUGUAUUGAAUGCAAACCAAACUAUUGACAACUACUGGGUACGAGUAAAAGGUCUUGCCGACUGCAACAGUGUCCAAGAGUUGGCGAUUCUGCAAUAUGAGGGCGCUGUUUAUGAAAAUCCACAUCUAUCUGAAACAACUGACAGAGAAGGGACUAUUUUGAAUCCGUUCAACACACCAGCAACUGAUGAAAACAUUGCAAUUGUGGAGCUUAAUGCGAUAGAGGACAUUGAAGAACCAGAAGACCAAGCCCUGCUACAACAAGAACCAGAUCAUAAAUUCUACAUUGCGAUGGAUUUCAACAAAGUAAACAAUUAUCAUUUCCACCAUCCAGAGUACUACCCUAUUGAAGAGAUCGAUCGAUCCCACCAUCUGUACUCGAAGCAACGUAAUUUGACGCGUAAACUCGAAAGAGCAAUCAAGAAAGAUACAGUUAUCGUCCCAGACGGUGGAUAUACGAUAAUACGCUUCCACGCAACCAAUCCAGGGUGGUGGCUCUUUCAUUGUCAUCUGGAAUUUCACGUUGAAAUUGGAAUGGCUUUAGUGAUUCAUGUUGGAAAUGAUUCCGAUCUGCCAAAAAUUCCCGAAAAUUUUCCACGGUGUGGUUCCUGGCCUCAGAGCACCUCACCGACGACGAAGCCAACAGAUAAUACACCAAGCACCAGCCCCAUAGCGUCUGAAAUUAAUAUGAUGUUUAUACUGUUUUGUGUCUUUUUUGCUGUCAUACAUGCAUAGGGAUAUGAUAUUUUAGGACUGUUAAUUUGUUGUGUGCGCGGUACAUUACUUAAAAUAAUAAUUUGUAAAUUAAUGAUAAGGUACCGGUACUAAUAUUAACACAGUUAUUUUGUGAGCUGUUAUUUGUAAUUUGGAUGCACUACCAGAGGGUCUGUGUCACUGAACCAAAAUUGUUUCCGAAUAAAGUUCAAAGUUCAAGAUAGACUGGAAGAUCAUAGCUGGGUAUUAAUAAAGAAGAAGUGGAA